AUGAACUUUCUUUUUUUUUUUCUUUUUUUUUCUUCUUUUUUUUCUUCUUUUCUUCAAAAUCUUUAUUUAUUCCACCUCCUUGAAUUACAAUUUUUUUUAAGGAUUUUUCUUUUUUUAUUUCUUUUUAUUUAUUUCUUUUCUUUAAUUUUUUCCAUUUCCUUCUGUUUUUUUCUUUUCUUUAUAAUUUUUUUAUUUCAAUACAUUCAUUCUUCUUUUUGUGAUAAAAUCAUCUUCUUUUUCUUCUUCUUCUCUUUUUGUUUAAAUUCUCAUGUAGAAAUUCUUUUUCUUCGUUUUAGUUUUAUGCGUCCUCCAGAUUCCAUAAAUUCUUCUUCUUAUCUUCUUCUAAUUCUUUUCAUAACUUGUUUUCUUUCCAACUCAUUAAAUCUUCUAUUUUCUUCUUCUUCUUCUUUUUCUUUUCAUUAUAAUUUUGCCAUAAAACCGGUUUUAAAGAAAAUUCUUUUAAUUUUUUUUUUCUUCAUCUUUCUUCUUUUUCUUUUUUCUUUCUUCUGA